CGUUCCAAUCUUAUGCUGGAGUACCAGGACCGUGGGGUCACAAUGACACCCUGUCACAGGAUAUCGUUCUCUAUUGUAGACAUCCUGGAUCCGAACAAAUUCACCAGUAAGAAACCGAUCUCUUUUUCACCCGGAGAGAAGUUUUCACACGCAGCCGAGAGGGAAAGUUUGGGAAGACCCGCAGAGUUCAUUUCUAAUGAAGACCCCUUUUCUCGAGACAAGGAUUCGGGUGGAGAGGACCGGAAUGGCCAGGCAGGUUGUGACAAGGCAGAUGACUCUGAGCGGACAUCAUUAACACGACAAGAAAACGUCACUUCACUCGAGCGACACAGCGAGGACAGAGACAUCAACAGCUACGAUGUUGAUAGUUUGGCCAACGACGAUGUAGACCAAACGAAGCAGAAGCGACGCAGGUCUGAUCACGGCUGUGCCAAGCCUAGACGGGCCAGGACUGCUUUCACAUAUGAACAGCUGGUGGCGUUAGAGAAUAAAUUCCGGGCGACACGAUACCUGUCGGUUUGUGAGCGCCUUAACCUCGCUUUGUCCCUGAGUCUUACUGAAACUCAAGUCAAAAUCUGGUUUCAAAACAGAAGAACCAAGUGGAAGAAGCAAAACCCAGGGGCUGACAGCACAAUUCAGCCCGGAACGAACUCAUUGUCCCGGGUCACUUCGAGCCCAGGCCCCUCUGGGUCAGGUAUACAUCUGCAGAAAAAAUAAUAAAAAUACGGAGAAAGGUCUACGUGAUUAAGGCCAGGACAUAAUAAACCUGGGAAGAUCUCCAGUGCACCUUUCAGUCAGGAAAACUCACCACAUGAGAGA